GUGGGUGGCAGAGGGAGCCCUGCCCUCCCCUCGGCCUGACCGACAGGCUUUGGGAAAGGAGUGCCGAGCCCCCCCCCGAAUUAAGAGGGGCAGCCCGACCCAUGACUUGGAGGGGAGACUCUGGAGUCACGCUGCCCAGACGCAAGCCCCGGGAGGGGGUCGGCCUUUCUCCUAACGGCGGCCCUCCCACUGGUGUGUCCAGUCAGAGGGGUCUCGCGGCAUGCCCCACAUCUCAGUGGGUGCCUCAGCUGAAGGAGCGGGGCACCGGUCUCCAAAGGUGGGGAGCGCCUGGCCCCGUGUGAGAUGGAUUGCGGGGGGAAGUGCCUCCCCAAUGCAGAUUCAUCCACUCCCUUUUCUUUUAAAUGACAGUAUUACGAAGAGCAGGCGAAAUUCGAAGAACAUUUGGAAAGACGUAAGAUCGGCCACCAGCUGCCCAAGCGGAGGCUCUCCGCCACCAGCAAAAUGAAUCCGGCCGUGCCUCCUCAGGGCAGCAAGCGGGCCAGGCUCCUGGAGAUGCUGAGGAUCUGGCCUUUCCAAAGAGCCACAGCUGCGUCCUGCCAGCCUCCCAAUCCCCCCGCUGAAGCCAUCUGCCAAGGAAAACCAAGGGGGAUUCCCACCAUGUCCAACCCACAUCUCACAACAACAGUUCAUUUCGGGUACGAUCUCUGCGCGGCCAUCUGCACCUGUUCAGCCACCCGCAGGGGAUUCAGGUGAGAUCGGCCACCAGCUGCCCAAGAGGACACUGUCCGCCACCAGCAAAAUGAAUCCGGCCGUGCCUCCUCAGGGCAGCAAGCAGGCCAGGCUGUUGGAGAGGCUCUCCAAGCGGAGGCUCUCCGCCACCAGUGGCCCGCAGCCCGCCGUCUCUCUCCCGGAGCUCAAAGGAGCCAGGCCAGACUCAAGGGAAGGCCACCGAGCAGUGGAACGGGCCCAGUCCACCCCCGGCACAGCAGCCCACCAGAUCGCCUUUUGUCUCUGGAACGGGGAGCCCCCCUGAGCAAAAGCCGACUUAGCCCGCCAGUGGCAGAGCCGGCUUUCCCCCUUUCAGCGUGCAGCCAUCAGUAUUACGAGGAGCAGGAAAAAUUCGACCAAUAUAUGGAAAGACGUAAGAUCCGCCACCAGCUUGCCAGCCGCACAAAGCCUGCCAUUCCUCUUCCGGCCAGCAAGCCGAUGAGUAAACAGGUGGAUUCGGGACAGAGCUCCAGGAGGCCACCAGUUCAGCAACCACACACAGGGGAUUUGGACGAGCUCCGCCGCCUGCGCGCCAAGGUGAAAGCCUCUGUUGAGCGCACUAAGAAGCCCGCAGGCAAGCAGGACAAACCCUUGGGAAAGCAACAGGUGGAUUCAGGACAGAACUCCAGGAGGCCACCAGUUCAGCGACCCCACACAGGGGAUUCGGAUGAGCUCUGCCAUCAGCUCUCCAAGCUCGCCAUCUCCCCUGCCGGCAGCAGGACAUUGGCCAUGCCACCCACGGGAGGCACCCCCUUGGCAAGGCUCUGCCAUCAGCUCUCCAAGCUCGCCAUCUCCCCUGCCGGCAGCAGGACAGUGGCCAUGCCACCCACGGGAGGCACCCCCUUGGCAAGGAUCGGCCACCAGCUGCCCAAGAGGACGCUGUCUGCCACCAGCCAAAUGAAUCCGGCCGUCCCUCCUCAGGGCAGCAAGCAGGCCAGGCUGUUGGAGAGGCUCUCCAAGCGGAGGCUCUCCGCCACCAGCGGCCCGCAGCCCGCCGUCUCUCUCCCGGAGCUCAAAGGAGCCAGGCCAGACUCAAGGGAAGGCCACCGAGCAGUGGAACGGGCCCAGUCCACCCCCGGCACAGCAGCCCACCAGAUCGCCUUUUGUCUCUGGAACGGGGAGCCCCCCCGAGCCAAAGCUGACUUGGCCCGCCAGUGGCAGAGCCGGCUUUCCCCCUUUCAGCGUGCAGCCAUCAGGUGGGAGUGCUGGGAGGAGCCGGAGCAGCAGCCACUCAAGCCCAGGGCUGGCCCAAGAUGCGGCUGCCCAGCCUGGUCCCCACCCCGUUUGGGCUCAGGCCGAAGCAUGUGGACCCGCCCCGGUCUUUGCUCCGCCAACGGCUAGACUGCUUUUGGCAGAGGGAGCCCUGCCCUCCCCUCAGCCUGACCGACAGGCUUUGGGAAAGGAGUGCCGAGCCCCCCCCCGAAUUAAGAGGGGCAGCCCGACCCAUGACUUGGAGGGGAGACUCUGGAGUCACGCUGCCCAGACGCAAGCCCCGGGAGGGGCUCGGCCUUUCUCCUAACGGCGGCCCUCCCACUGGUGUGUCCAGUCAGAGGGGUCUCGCGGCUUGCCCCACAUCUCAGGGGGUGCCUCAGCGGAAGGAGCGGGGCACCGGUCUCCAAAGGUGGGGAGUGCCUGGCCCCGUGUGAGACGGGUGGGGGGGGGGAAGUGCCUCCCCAAUGCAGAUUCAUCCACUCCCUUUUCUUUCAAACGGACCUGGAGAAAUCCGAAGAGCACAUCGAGAGACGUAAGGAGGCUUCCAGAAGGAUAUCUGACGCCUCCAGGGAUGUCCCGAGAGACGGGGACGGCUCUCGGGGAUCUGGCGCCCAGAUGCAACACUCUGUUGAGCGCCCUUAGUUCACGUGGAAA